AGAGUCGGUGGAUGGAAGUCGUUACCGACAUUAUCGGAGCGGAUGGUUGUCGCACUUCGUGGCAUUCACGUGAAUAGAACGCGUUCGUCACCGCGCGUUCGUCCUGCGCGCUGUACUGACUGCGACUGUACGAUUCUCUUACCUGCCUUGGACUUUCGCUUGGGGUCAACUUGUCCACAAUCAUCGCCCCUCUAACGACCGUUCAUGUUGCUUACUGUCGCUGUGCGUAAGGUUACCACCAAACUUCGCAACUACUUCCAGCCACAAGGGGACCGUCAUGCGAGUAGAUUGCGUAGGCGUAGGAAACUAGUCGGGUACCUAUGGAGCAGUCUGCCUACCGUAAUAUUGGUGUUACUGAUCGUAGGCUAUGCAUGGUUGUUGGCCAUUGCUUCGCCCAUGUUAGGUCAGAGGACAUACAUCGAUGAGAACGCGUUACAACCAGGACAGGUAAACAUGAAUUGGAACUGGGCGGAUGUCCAACGAGCCGACGAAUAUUUGGCUGAGCUUGAACGUUUGCGAGACCUGAACGCCACGAGCGAGGAGAUCGCCGAAUUCGUGAAGACCGAAUUCGAGAAGCAAGGUAUACCCGCCUCAACACAGCACUACACAUUCCACACACUUGCAGGGCUCAAGGAGGGCUCGAAUGCAUACGGCAUCUUCCAUUCUCCGCGCGCCUCAGGUAGCGAGGCCAUGCUCAUAAGUGCUUCCUGGCUCAGCAGGACAGGUGAAGGGGAUGGAACGCUCAACUUACGAGGCGUGUCUACUGUCCUGUCAUUGGCCGCUUUUCUCAAAGGGUAUUCGUUAUGGGCGAAGGACCUGAUUUUCGUCAUCAGCGAUGGGUAUCUAGAUGGAAUGCGUGCAUGGGUCACCGCAUAUCAUGGUACCUCCCAAGAAAACCUUCAGGCAGAGCCACUCGAUCUGUCCUCCGGUGUUAUUUGGACUGCUCUGAACAUCGAUUAUCCUGGCCAUUCGUUCUCGCAUCUUGGCGUGUUCUUCGAAGGGCUGAACGGUCGCCUUCCAAACCAGGAUCUAUUCAAUUCCUUUCAAUUGAUCUCAAGAUACUCGGGAGGGGUUCCGGUUGUCCUCUACGAUCAUCUAGAUACCCGUGAAGACAAUGCUCGUAAGGACGGAUGUAGCUUCCUUCCGGACUGGUUCUCUUCUUUCCUCAAGCAGAGCCCUGCCCUGAAUGAAUAUUGCUAUCGCAUGCGGAAUAUUUUGCGACAUAUGGGAUAUCAGGCUCGUGGGAGGGCAAGCGGAGUACAUGGAUUAAUGCAUCAAUAUCGCAUCGACGCAAUUACGCUGUUCGCAGUGCCGGCACCGGGACCUCAUGGAUUCCAUUCAUUAGGACGGAUCAUUGAAUCCACUCUUCGCACCAUGAACAAUCUGCUUGAGCGCCUUCACGCCUCGUUUUUCUUCUACUUACUUGUAGGAACGACAAUGUUUCUCAAGGUUGGCCUUUACCUGCCUAGUGCCGUUCUUAUCAGCGCUGCAAUGCUCUUCGCUGGACUGCGGGAAUGGGUCAACGCAGGUUCAAUAUUGACAGAAGAAUUCUUCGGUGUGGUCGAAGAGAAGGGAACCGUCGAAGUGCCGCCAAAGCGGGGACACCGGUCAUCAAGACGAAGACCGGUCUUGCGUGCACUGACUGUCAUGAUUGCCACGCAUGCCUUGGGUGUCGCAUUGUUUUGCUGCAUCAACAGCAGGUGGUUUCUCAUCAAUCAGAAUGUAUACUCAGUGCUCCUGUUAUGCGUCAUCUUCGGUCUCUCAUCUACCUGCCUUCUGUUCACCAAGCCCCCGUCGAGCGAGGUGGCACCCCUGAUUUGCUUACUCAAGUCACUCAAUUUAUGUCUCGCCUCUACCGUCACAUCCGUCAUCUCAGUACUCAACUUCUCGCUUGCCGCUACGCUGGCUGCCACGCUGGGUCUGCCGCUCUGUUACUCAUCAUCCUCGCCAGAUUGGCGAAUCCGGAUUCUGAAGUAUGCAUUUCAUGUUCUGCUUGCUCUGGGUUGGCUUCUCGUGAUGCACGACGAAGUGCGGAGGGCGAUUAUAGAUUGGGAAUUAUUGCGCGUAUGGUUCGCGCCUUUCGUAUGCGUUGUAUAUGUGCCUUUGAUGCUACAGGCCGCAAUCGUGUGCCUUUUGCCGCAAGACGCAUCAUGAUGCAAUACUUCUGUAAUCUUAAUCCCGUAACGAAUGGAUGAAAGCGGAAACACAGCGUGCGCGUAGCUCAGUCGAUGUCCAUGCCUCCACCGGCGCUGUCCCCAAAAAGAUCCUCUUCAUCAUC